AUGGAAAUACCAAACUAUGAUACCAAUGACAACCCAGAUAAAAAAUAUAAACAGUUGUUUCCUUACAUGCCAUCAGAUACAUUUCGGAUGUUAAUUUGUGGAAACAGUGGAAGUGGAAAAACUAAUCUGUUAUAUCACAUGUUAAUUAAACCGCUGUUGUACUAUGAUGAGAUUUAUCUUUACGCGCGAAAUUUAGAGCAGGAUAAGUAUCAAAAGUUAAUUCAGAAAAUGAGAGAAAUGAGUAGCCAACUCGGUUAUGAAAUACUUCAUGCGAGUAACGACGAAAUAACCCCGGUUACAGAAAUGGAUUACGAAGACAAUCAAAAACUUGUGAUAUUCGAUGACUACGUUUGUGAUAAAAACCAGAGACAACUGAUUGAUUAUUUUAUUCAGGGUCGACAUAAGAAUUGCUCUGUAAUCUACCUCAGUCAAUCUUUUUAUAAAACGCCUAAAGAUAUUCGUUUAAACUGCUCUCACUACUGCCUUUACCAAUUUCCAUCAUCGAGGGAAUCCAAUAGGAUAUCAUCUGAGUUGGGAGUUAAAAAAGAAGAUUAUAAAACGGCAACUAAAAAACCUUAUUCAUUUCUAUACAUUGAUAAACCAAAAAAACGUAUUGCAAAAAACUUUACUGCCCCCCUUUAAUAAAAUACUAUAAACAUAAUGUAGAUGGGAAUAUUUAACGAGCAAUCUUUUGAUCAUCCCUUUGCUAAAGGAAUUCAGGGCGCUCCAGGAGUUGGUUUUAGUCUAACCGCAGAUGGAAAUUAUGAUAUAAGUGGAAAAAAACUCACAAAUGUAGGAGCACCCAGUAAUAAUACUGAUGCUGCUACAAAAAAAUAUGUUGAUGAUAAUUCUGGAGGUGGAUCACCCGCAACAUCACGAUUAACAGUUGAUUCAAAUAUAAAUAUGAAGGAUAGAUAUCGUAUUCUUAACCUCAAACAUCCGGUUGACGCGGAUGAACCGGCUACAAAACAAUACUCAGACAGCAGAUUUCUUGAUAGAAAUGGUUCCCGAACAAUGAUUGGCACUCUAAGCAUGAAUAAUAAUAAAAUAAUUAAAGUUGGCGCACCAACAGCUAAUGAUGACGCAGCAAACAAAAAGUAUGUGGAUGAUAAAUCCAGUGCAACAUCGCGAUUGUCAGUUGAUUCAAACAUUGAUAUGAAAAAUACAUACCGAAUUACAAAUCUUAGCACACCACUGGACGGAAAAGAACCGCCCACAAAAGAAUACGUAGACAACACAUUUCUUGACAGAGAUGGCUCAUACCCAAUGAAAGGUAAUCUCAAUAUGGCUAAUAAUCGAAUAUUUAAUCUACCAGCUCCAAAUGGAGGUAAUCAACCAACACCAUUAGCUUUUACAGAUUUAAAGUAUGUUGCCCGUGAUGGUUCAUCUGCAAUGACUAAUAAUCUAAACAUGGAUAAUAAAAAAAUAAUUAACCUUAGACCACCAACAUCAAACACAGAUGCAACAACCAAAAAGUAUGUGGAUGACUCAAUACCUGAUACUAGUUCUUUUAUAAAAAAAGAUGGAAGUGUAUCAAUGACUAAUAACCUAAAUCUUGGAAACAAAAAAAUAGUUGGUCUCGCAGCUCCAACAUCAAACACAGAUGCUGCAACAAAGAAAUAUGUGGAUGAUAACACAGGUGCCCCAGAUUUGAGUGAUUAUUUGGAAAAA